AUGGCAACUUCAACGCUUAUCAACGUAACAACUGCAACAACUAUCUUAUCAGCAGCCACAACCACAAUUUUAGCAGCUACAACCACAACUUCAGCAACUACAACCACAACUUCAGAAGCUACAACCACAACUUCAGCAGCUACUACCACAACAUCAGCAGCUACAACCACAACUUUAGCAGCUACUACCACAACUUCAGCAGCUACAACCACAACUUCAGCAGCUACAACCACAACAUCAGCAUCUACUACCACAACUACCUUACCAGCUGCUUGCUUACCGCGUGACACCACUGAUCAGUACGUUGGCCUGUGCGAAAAUUGUCGAGAUCCACCGGAGUAUGAAGACUUCGAAAUGAAGUAUCUCACGUUCCCAGAAAAACAUGCCGUGUACACUUUUUCUAACAAAAACAACACCGUUGCUCGUUUGGUUAACUUCUACAUGGCUAUAGAGGCCCUCAGUCUAAGCAUACAUGUUGGUUUUCCAUCCGGAAAUAUGACCUAUGAAAAAAACUUUAGUGAACCAUUACAUAAUGAUAAGGAUGUGAUAGACGUCUACGUUAGCAACGGGACGUACAGCUUCAGUUUAAUUCGACUUGAUCUCUUUGGUCCGAGCAAGCCUUUCUAUUCAGGCGCUACGAUUGCUUUUGUGACCAUCGAAACCUGCUGA